AUGUGGCGUGGCCACCUGGCUUCCUGGAAACACCAUGCCACAGCCAUAACAAAGGGGCUGACUCAGAGGCCUUGUGGUGGAAUCUUCCAGGACAUCGUGGUGAAUACCAGGAAGGACAUGAAGCAUGUUAAAGAUUCAAAGACAGGGACGGGAGGCGAAGUGAUUAAACUACAGACAAACCAUUACCAAGUAACCUGUGGCCAUGAAAUCGCAUAUAAGUACAAUAUUGAUUACCAACCUGACAUAAAGGAUAUGGCUAUCCGCACAGAUUUACUGCUCAGACAUAAGUCUAUACUUGGCAACUGCCACAUAUUUGAUGGAAACUCAUUGCUCUUACCUCGGAGGCUACAACAUUCGGAAAUGGAACUUGUCAGCCAGACUGAAAGUGAUGGCAAAGUGAGAAUCAGGAUCCGGCUGUCCAGUGAGCUCCACCCCAAUCACCCAGAAUGGCUUCGCUAUUACAACAUCCUCUUUUCAAAACUGCUGAAGCUGAAUAACAUAGAAGAGAUGGAGUCAAAUCCCGGAGACCUCAGAGACCUCAGAAACCUACUCCAGGCCUCAAGAAUGGACAUCAAGCGUAGUUACACUACUUCCAUCCUACCGUAUGAGAAGAGCCUGACCCUGUGUGCUGACGUGACGCACAGGCUGCUCCAGAAGAAAACUGUGUUGGACCUCAUACUUGAGAAGAAUGAUAAAGCCACAAAAAAGAAAGAAGUCUCUGAAGAGAUGGUGGGAUCCAUUGUUUACACCACGUACAACAAUAAAACCUACAGAAUCGAUGAUGUCAACUGGGAGAAGAAACCUAAAGAUACAUUUGAAAAAUUUGAUGGCAGCAGGACCACCUACAUAGACUACUACAGGGAGCGAUACAAGACCACCAUAACUGAGCUGAAUCAGCCACUCUUGAUGAGCUUGGGCAAGUGGAAGAAGGGCCAGACGUCUACACCUCAUGAGCCUAUCUUCCUGAUCCCUCAGCUGUGUUACCUGACAGGUCUAUCACGUGCUGUAUCUGAAAACCAUAGCCUAAUGGCGCAGCUGACUGACAGAAUGAGAAUGAGCCCAGUGAAUCGGAGGAUCGCACUGAACAAUUUCAUAAACGACAUUCAGACGCAUCAAGUCAAUGAGGAUCCUGGCUCCUUUAGGCAAGCAUUACAGAAACAUGUUUCAAAAGAUACUCAAAUGGUGGUGUGUGUGCUGCCUGACAACAGAAAGCAAAGAUACGAGGAGAUAAAAACAUUUCUGUGCGUUGAGAAGCCAGUCCCCAGUCAGUGUGUUGUAGCAUCGACCCUGAAUGAUGAAAGGAAUCUCACUACUAUAGUCACCAAGAUCGCUCAGCAGAUGAACUGCAAGAUGGGAGGUGCCCUCUGGAAGGUGGACACAGGGGUAUGUAGAACGAUGUUCAUUGGAAUUGAUUGUUUCCAUGAUAUUAUGAACCGGCAGAAGUCAGUGGCAGCAUUCGUGGCCAGCACCAAGGAAGACUUAACCAUGUGGCACUCCCAGUGUCUCUUUCAGGAUACAGCAGAGGAGAUUGUCAAUGAUCUGCAGAGCUGUCUGCAAGCUGCCCUGAAUUCCUGGGUCGCAAACGAAAAGCAGAAACCCCAGAGCGUGGUGGUAUAUCGGGAUGGAGUUGGGGAUGGCCAGCUACAGGCCCUGCUGGAAAAGGAGGUUAGGCAAUUCCAGAAGUUCUUCACCUCCAGGUGGCCAACACACAUCAAGCUAACAUUCAUCGUGGUGAAGAAACGGAUCAACACCAGGUUUUUUGUUGAAAAUGGAGAUAAAGUUACGAAUCCGCCUUCAGGGACUGUUGUUGACCAAAUAGUGACCAGGAAAGAGUGGUAUGACUUCUAUAUUGUGAGUCAGACUUCCAACAGUGGCACCGUCACCCCCACUCAUUAUAAUGUCAUCUAUGACACGAAGGGCCUGACUCCGAACCAGGUUCAAUGCUUGACCUACAGACUCUGCCACAUGUACUACAAUCUGCCGGGUAUCAUCCGAGUCCCUGCUCCAUGCCACUACGCACACAAGCUGGCUUACUUCGUGGGGAAGAGCAUCCACCAGAAGCCAGCAUCAUCGCUGUCAGACUGUCUCUAUUACCUUUAGCUACACAGGAAGCAGUGACAUCAAAACCCACAACUGACACUUUUUUUCUUUUCCAAGCUGGGUGUUUU